UUUCCAAGAAUUUACUAGAUUUCCUACUUAUAAAUAUAGGUACUUGAAUACAAUACCUCUACUAACCCUCUCUCAGUUCACAGCCUUGGUAUACCUAUAACAACACAGUAAUGAUGGAUCCAAGGCUUUUGGAGGCAAUUAGCAGCAACGAUGUAUCCACAUUCCUUAGCUUGGUUAGAGAAAAUGAAGGUAUUCUUGAGCAAAGAACAGACGGUUUGAACACAGUCAUACACUUUGCUACAAUGUUUGGACAUGUAGAAAUCGUAUCUGAAAUAGUUAAGCUCUGUCCUGAAAUGAUUGCUGCUGAGAACAAAGACUUGGAGACACCUGUCCACAUAGCUUGUCGCCAGGGGAAUUUAGAUGUUUUGAAACUACUUUUGGAAGCUAAUCCCAGAGCGGCUUUUAAGCUCAACUCUGAUAAACAAAGUGCUUUCUAUGUGGCUUGUAGUCUUGGUCAUCUUGACGCUGUGAAUCUCCUACUCAAACAGCCUGGUAUUCUUGAGUCAGAAGAAGUUGGCCUUGAUCAAACUUGCAUCCUUGUGGCUGCAACUAAAGGACACACAGAUGUUGUUAGGGAGAUACUAAAUACGAGUCCUUAUUUGGCUCAAAAGAUUGAUGAGAAAGCAAACUCAGCUUUGCACUACGCUUGUAGUGAAGGGCAUAGGGAGAUAACUUGGAUGCUGCUGAGGCGUGAUCCAAAUCUAGCUCUACAAUACAACAACAACGGUUACACACCUCUGCACUUGGCUGCAAUACAUGGUGAAGUUUCAGUCCUUGAAGAAUUUACGCGAAAAGCACCUGCAGCUCUUCACUACCUCACUAAAGAGGAGGAAUCAGUCUUUCACUUGGUAGUUAGACAUGGAAAAUUAGAAGCUUUGGUGUUCUUGGUAUAUGUCUUCAAUGGUACAAACCUUCUUCACUGCCAGGAUCGGUAUGGUAACACUGUCUUGCAUCUAGCUAUUUCGCGAGGGCGGCAUCAGAUUGCUGAGUUCUUGAUGAGCAAAACAAAGGUGGAGAUUAAUACUCGAAACAGUAAAGGUCAAACAGCAUUUGACUUGCUUGACCAAAGUAAAGACAGUGCAGAAAGUAGGAAACUUGAGAGCUUAUUUACAAGAGCCGGUGGAGAAAGAAGCAUAGAUAUCAUAGCAUGUUCACCUGACACCUUGUCUUCAAGGCUGAGUUAUCUAUUCGAAUCAGAUAAUGAAAACGGUUCCCCCUCAAUGCCUACAGAGAUAACCAACUGCAUCAACCUAAAGAGCCAAAGAAAAUCUCAUGUUUUAUCACCCCAAAACCAAACUCAAGAGAUUGAGCUCUUGUCCCCUACCGAUUUCUCAAAGCAGAGGACUCACAGCAAAAGACUUCACAUGAGUAGUUUCAAAGAAAAGAACCACAAGAUAAUACAUGAUGAGGCAAUACUAAACGCAAGAAACACUAUCAUACUAGUUACCAUUUUGAUCGCCACAGUAACAUUUGCUGCCGGGAUUAACCCUCCUGGAGGGGUCUACCAAGAUGGACCUAAGAGAGGGAAAUCAAUGGUGGGAGAGACGAAAGCUUUUCAGGUAUUUGUAAUAAGCAACGAUUUGGCUCUGUUCACGUCUCUUUCAAUUGUUGUUGUUUUGGUCAGUAUCAUACCGUUUAGAAGAAAGCCUCAGAUGAGACUGCUUGUGGUUGCUCAUAAGGCCAUGUGGGUGGCUGUGGCGUUUAUGGCAACGGGGUAUGUUGCAGCCACAUGGGCCACCUUGCCUAAAAGCCAGGGGACUGAAUUUCUGUUUGUGGCUCUUCUGGCUGUUAGUGGCGCAACUCUUGGGAUUAUUUUCAUUGCUUUAGUCGUUUUACUGGUUGAACACUGGCUAAGGAAACUCAAGUGGAGAAAAUUGAUGGCAAGAUGGAGUCUUAGAGAUGCUGAAGUGGAGAGUCAUAAUUCUGAUGUUGAGAGUUCUUUCCAUCAGGGGUAUCAUUCAUUUUGAUCAAUCAAGUUCCUAGAAAUUUGUUAAGGUUGUA